AGUGGUGUCUGAAGGACUUGGUGGAGUUGCACAAACCUACAGGUAGGAUCCCAUGUCUCUGGGGAAGUCCCCCUGAGGCCAAUCUCAUAUCUCUGCACGAAGCCUCCCCUCCUCUAUACCAGGGGCACUGAUAAUGUGCAUUAAUCCUUUGCCAGUUGCCAGGCCUAACAUGUAGCCCACAGAUGUUUGAACUGCUCCUGCUCCAGUUUUGAGGGGUAUCUUUGGGGCUUCAAUCAAAACAUUCACUAUGCAGACACUAUGCAAGGGAUUUUUCUGCUAUGUCUGAUGUGUCUUAUUUCAUUCAUAUUGGCAUAUGCCCCUCACCAACACCCCCCCCCUUCCCUUCUGGAACAAUCCUCAGAAGCUGUUACCUAUUUCAUCAUGAUUGUUUCCCUAAGGACCCUGCAGGGAGAAUGAUGGGUGAUCAAUAUUUUGUACACAUCUAGCCCAGCUGAUACAAACUUUAAGUGAUCCAUACACAUAAAUCAUGCGUUGCUGUCCUGGGAUUUGGCCCAGAUCCAGCCCUCUGAACGGCAAACUGGGCCAGACGGUGAGGGAUAAUGGACAUUGCAGGAAUGCUGCAGCUGCUGGCGUCUUGCUACACGUCUUGGGGACACAGCUCAAGUGUUUGCUGCGGAUGUAUUUUUCAGCCAGCACAAGGAUCCUGCUAAAACUUCAAUAUCAUUCGUGUUGGUUAUUUGAACUGUGUGUAUGUUCUUUAAAAAAAAAACUUCACUUGAUGUUUUUUUUUUAAACCAUGAACAUCAGAUGGUUAAAAAUUACUAGGACUUCAGAAGCAACUAUUCAACUAAAUUUUAAAAUGAUGCAUCUUCAGCUGGUAGCUGACUAACAGAUUUUGACUACCACAUUUAUAUCAAUAAGAUAAAAUGUUUGUGCAGUGGAUUCCUCUGCCUUUUGGGGCAGAAGGACAGACGCUCAGCUGCAGCUGAGAGCAACAUCAUUGUUAGUGAGAAGGCCUUUGUAUUCAAACAUUAGCCGUUGUCUUUUCAGAUGAACGGAUUAUUGUAGUAGAGAAGUGUUUUCACUACCCGUUUUAACCCACUGAUCAAAAUAAUUUUUUAAAAAAGCUAGUUAAAAGUAUGUAAAGUACAAGUCACUUUUUCCAUGUGUUUUCUGCUCUCUGCUUCCCAUGUUCAAACCGUGGGCAUUUCACAGUUAUUUUUGCACCUUAUUGAUGACUUGUGCUGAUUGUUUAUUUUAUGGCAGCAGACAGACUGGGAGCUACAGAGCUAUUGGUGGGAGGGGGUCAUCCUGUGUGAAUUUCCCAGGGCGUGUCCCUGCAAUCUGCUUGAUGGGGUCAGUGAUUAUUGUACCCCUCCCCCCCAUUCCCCACACCCCUUCACCACCACCUUCCUAUUGGUUUGGUUUCACAGUGGUUGUGAAUAAUAUUAAUUAUUUCUUAAACUUCCACUAGAGAAAAGCGGUGGUUUUUUUAUUGUGCUCCUUGUGGUGGUGGUGGGGGGGGGGGUCUUGAUUGGCUCUGCUUUGGGGAGCCAGGCCUGACACUGGCGUACAGAUCAUAUUACUGCUUGUUUGCUUAGCACUUCCCACCUUUCAAUGUUCCACAAAGUACCUCUUGAUAAGCUCGGUGUUGUUUCCGUAGAGCAUGUUUUUCUAAGUUCUUUUUCUGCUUGUUACAGAUUGUCCCUUCCCCACAAUAUUAGGUUCCAGAAUUUUUUUACUGUCAGUAUAAAGUAUAAAUGUUUAUUGCCUGCUGGGACAUAGGUACCACUUCCUCCACAAUGCAUCGCUCUGGUGACACGCUUGCUUCUUGCAAUAGUUAGUCCUGCCAAUGUACCAGAUAGUUAGUAACACCAGUGCUUUGAGAAUGCCACCUAUUUAACCAGGUCCCAUACUCAUAGUGUCUCUCAUCCUCCUGCCUCUCCAUUGGUUUUCAUGGUAAUGAAUAAAAGCUGCUGAUCAUGUGGGAAAACAGCAGCCCACCCCUGCACUUCACCUGAAUGUGCUCCAUUUGGUAAUGCGUUAGUGAUGUGCCUUCAGAGUUGCAGAUUAUUAAAACCUUGGCCAGUGAGCAAGAUUCACUGGGCCAGGCCAGGAGGCGGGGUGUAAUCGCUCUACUCAGAGCACAAAACAUUAGUCUUUUUGCCGUUGCCAGCCUUUCUUCUCGGGCUUUCCCCAUCGUUGUCCUGAAUGAUGAGAACGUGUUGGUUGACAGCCCCAGCUAGGAUAUUUAAUUUUACAAAAGGCACCUGGGACUCGAGGCUCAUUUAUGAGUAGCCCCCUCUGCUUGCGUAGCCCCAAACUGAAGUGCAGUACGACACUGUGAUAUUCAAAAAUUGGAGGGACAAGCAGCCCAGAGCACUUUCCAUCUUGGUCUCUCCUGUGCAGGAUGCUUUCAGAGAUGGUCCAUCACAAUUUAGCUGGCUUUGUAAUAUUGCUGACCACAAGUCUAAUUUAUAGACCAUGGAACACCCAUGUUAAUUGCACUGACUGUCAUGUUGUUAUUUGGCGAGUCAUUAAGUACAUAGUGUAGUCCUUAUUUACAUAGGAUAAUGAUUGUAUUAGUCAUAUCUGUGUGGUUGAGUCACACCUAAUGUUGUGCCAAGUACAGGGUGUGUGCUAGGUCUCAUCAGCCUUAUGCAUCACCUGUCAUAUUCAGAUUUUUUUCUACCUUUUAAUUUAUUAAUUUUCCUGGGAAUUAAUCAUAGGACAGUGGUCCCUGUGAUGAUUAUCUAUUUUGAGAUACAGGGGGUAGCAACCUUCUGUUUUGUUUCCAGCUUGACUUAGGGGAGGGGACGAGUACCUCAGGAUUGCCAGUUUUGGUCAACUGGCUGGCAUGAGAUUUACACGUGCAUUUACAUGUAUGCUACAGAUUUAUUUCCUUGUAAAUAGUCUGUAAUGUUUCCAAACUACCCCAACGGUUUGACGCUUUUGAUGUAGCUAAUUUUAGGUUUAUAAUGGAAUAAUACAGAUUUGCUGUAAGACUUCCUGCGCGAGCAUGAGAGUCGGAAAGCUUGAGUGUCACGCCAGAUGCGUUAAAGUUGACAACCCUGGUACCUACAGCAUGAGUUGCGCAGCGUGGAGGGGUUAAAGAGUGCCUGAGUUUACGCAAAUUGCGUAAUCGCUGCGUGAAUAUUUCGGACAACUCGUAAUGCGCGUGAUUAAUUGUUUUGCCAUUGCUUUCCGCUCUUGGGUGUAAUUCACAGGCGGCUGCUUAUGAAAUACAAUUUGGAAAUGCAUUAUCUAACAAGGCUGUGUGUUUAACUUACUUUAAUGGUGAGUGUCGUACCACACGAUUCUCAGCCAGUAAACUCUUACCGACCGGACUUGUGUAUGGCAACAACAAAAAGCGUGGAGCUCACCAAAUAUGUAUAAAUAGCCCCUUGUUCCUGCAGCGGUGCCAGCGCAGGCGUGUUUAGCCAGCUGAGCAAUGUAAAAGGUAGUUUUAUAAAGGGCUACGGUGUUUUAUUAUACCUAACGGCGAUUGUGUAAAGCAUUGUUUAGCAAGAUUUCCGGCGGUUAAGGAACUGCAGGUAGAAAAUGCACACGGAGGGCGCAUAGUUUACCUGUCAGUUUUAUAACUCUGCUGGGAAGUCCAGUCUCCAGAGAGGCUGGCAAGUAUACAAGACCCCCCUACUCGUCGUGGUUGAUUUGGAAAGCCCCGCCCCCAUCUUCGAGUGUUGGCUUUGUUUCGGGCUGCAGGUAACGGCGCUGCCCCUCCCCCAGCCAGGCCCGGUUCAGUCCUCUCUUUUUCCCUCCCUCCCAAGGAGGCAUUAUUAUGGCUUCACUGCGCCCAGUAAUUAGGUUGGGGGUGUUUUGUUCCGGGGCCGGGACGCAAAAGCUGACGCAAACACUUCGUAACUUUUAAGACGAGGCAGCACUGAUACGGAUGCCUUUUCUUACCUGAAGGCAGGAUGCUUGAACUGGCUGAUCAUAUAAAAGGAUUGCAGCGUGUAAACUUCAGAUACGGAUGAAGAAAAAUGUGUACUUUUUGAACAGGGAACACUGCGACUGGAUGUACCACAUAAUAACUGGCUGAAGUGUAGCCAAGGAUGUGUCUCGCAUGGAUGCCUCUGUAGAAGCAGAAAGGAUGCAGCAGUGACUCCUGUGCAAACACAGAAACACACGCCUCCAGCAACAACGACUGCAAGGCCUUUGGUGAUACUUGUUGAAGACUUCACAGACUGGCCUUGGGGAGAGGACUGAAGUGGCACCCUCAGGCCUAACAAACAGCUUACAGUGUGUGGUUUAAGUGCCCCCAGAGGAAGGAGAGAGAGAGAGCUGUUGUUCUAAAGACAGCAUUUGUUUUUCGACAUCCCUGGACGUUUCCCUGCUCCAAAAUACAUGGUCACUUUUUUUUCUCCAUUAAUCUUUUUCUCAUUUAUUUUUUGGAAAUAGGGUACAAUCUGCCAAAACAGUUUAUAUAUUGAUUUUUAUUCUUCUACCUCAGUGGGGGCUUAUCUGAGUAAGGGGAUCACGUAACAAACAGUCCACUGGAGCACAAGCUUACGCCUCAUCACACGGUUAAUGUAUUCAUUCAGCUGCCAUCUUUCCAAGGGGGCCCCAUACGUAUUCCUGGUCUGUUGGCAAUGAUGAGCCCUGCCGACCAUCCCCUGCAUAAAGCAGUGUUCUGCUGAUCCAGGUGGGAUUGAGGGAGCGGGUGGUGGCAUGUCGUGGAAGAGAAGCUAUUUUGCGUCGGGUGUCAGCAGUCUGCAGGGCAUCUUUACACCACGCACAAUGGCGUCCAUCGCACCCAGCAAGGGUCUGAGCAAUGAGCCUGGACAGAACAGUUGCUUCCUGAACAGUGCUCUGCAGGUCCUCUGGCAUCUCGACAUCUUUCGCCGGAGCUUCCGCCAGCUGACUACCCACAGAUGCAUGGAGGACUCCUGCAUCUUCUGUGCUCUUAAGAGCAUCUUUGCACAGUUUCAGUACAGUAGUGAGAAGGUACUGCCAUCUGAUGCCCUGCGCAGUGCCCUGGCCAAGACCUUCCAGGACGAGCAGCGCUUCCAGCUGGGGAUCAUGGAUGACGCAGCCGAAUGCUUUGAGAACCUUCUGAUGCGGAUUCAUUUCCACAUCGCAGAUGAGACCAAGGAAGACAUCUGCACUGCCAAACACUGCAUUCCACACCAAAAGUUCGCCAUGACGCUCUUUGAGCAGUGUGUCUGCAACAGCUGUGGAGCCACCUCGGACCCACUGCCGUUCAUCCAGAUGGUUCAUUAUAUAUCCACCACUUCUCUCUGUAACCAGGCUGUGCACAUGCUGGAGUCCCGGGAGAAGCCCACGCCAGGCAUGUUCGGGGAGUUGCUCCGCAAUGCCAGCACCAUGGGUGACCUGCGCAACUGUCCGAGUAACUGUGGAGAGACGCCGCAGAUCAGACGGGUGCUCAUGAACUCCCCCGAGAUCAUCACCAUUGGCCUGGUGUGGGACUCUGACCACUCAGACCUGGCUGAGGAUGUGAUCCACAGCCUGGGGACCUGCCUGCGCCUGGGAGAUCUUUUCUUCAGGGUGACAGAAGACAAAGCCAGACAGGCAGAGCUCUACCUGGUGGGCAUGGUCUGCUACUACGGGAAACACUACUCCACCUUUUUCUUCCAGACCAAAAUCCGCAAAUGGAUGUACUUUGAUGACGCACAUGUAAAGGAGAUCGGGCCCAAGUGGAAGGACGUGGUGUCGCGUUGCAUCAAGGGGCACUACCAGCCCCUGUUGCUGCUCUACGCUAACCCCCGGGGGGCACCAGUGUCUGCACAAGACAUGCCCUCUCCACUGCAGCUGCACCAUAACACCAAGGCCUGCUACGACAGUGAGGACUCUGGCCGUGAGCCGUCCAUCUCCAGUGACACGCGCACUGACUCCUCUACCGACAGCAGCGACCAAAAGCACUCCCACCCGCACCACCAGUCCAUGGCCAGUCACUUCUCAUCCGACUCCCAGGGCACCGUGGUGUGUAACCUAGAUGACGCCGUCUCCCACAUCAGCGCUGAUACCCUGGGCCAAGAGUUGGAUAAUGAAGCACUGCAGAGACAGACGCUGAAAAAAGGUGGGGCUUUGGACAGGAAGGGCGGGACCGGGGACAGGAGAAGGAGCUCUAGUCGACCUCGGCGGGGGGAGGACAGGAGCCGGACAGCUAAGGCAGAUGAGGUGUCCUCUGCAGGAUACCACAGUGAGGGGGAGACACUAAAAGAGCAGCAGGCCCCCCGUACAGCACCCAAGCCCACCAUUAGCCACCUGAGGGAGUUUAAGGAGACCAUGAGUAACAUCAUCCACAGCCGGCCCCUGUCAUCUGCCAUGAGUUCUGCACCUGGGGGCUCCAAUCUGCGUGCCGAGGACCGCAACUGGGAAAUUGAGAGCACGAGCAGUGAGUCCAAAUCCAGCUCGUCUGCUGGCCGGUACCGGCCUGCCUGGAAGCCCCGACGGGAGGCCCUCAACAUUGACAGCAUCUUUAGCUGGGAGCAGCAGCAGCAGGCGGGCCAGUGCCCCCCGGGAGCCUCAUCUAUGCUGGAAAAUGCAGAUGGGGAUGGUGACGCCGCCAUAGUGCCUGAGGCGAGAGAACAGGUGGCCAGGGAUGUGGCCCCGACGGGCAGCUUGGAGAACCAGCCGCGGCUGAUCCAGCGCAUGGAGAGCGGUUAUGAGAGCAGCGAGAAGAACAGCAGCAGCCCAGUCAGCUUCGACAUGCCCCUGAGCAGCGGCGCCACUGCCUCCUUACGCAGGGACAGCGCUCUCAAGAUGGGCAGCUCUGGCCCAGCCUGGCGCAACAUUGCCAAGUCCAAGAGCAGCACCACCCUACUCCAAGAUGCAAAGACCGGGACUUGUCACAGCAGCCACCUGGGGGGGGGCCGCAGUGAGCUGGACGAGCUGCAGGAGGAAGUCGCCCGCCGGGCCAGAGAGCAGGAGCUGCAGCGCAAGCGGGAAAAAGAGCAGGAGGCUGCCAUGGGCUUCAACCCCCGUCCCAGCAAGUUCAUGGACCUGGACGAGCUGCAGAACCAGGGCAAAGGGAAGGGGGACAGCCUGGAGAGGGCUCUGGUGGACACCGAUGUACUCCUAGAGCAGUCACUACGGCUGGAGCAGACCGGUGACCUGGCUGCAGCACUCGCUGCCUGCAACGAAGCUGUGUCCAAGUUAAGACUUGCCAUGCAUGAAGGCAGUGCUCACACUCAUAGCAGGACAGGGGCUGAUAAGAAGCUGCACAGAUACAUGAGGAGAGUGCGGGGUCUUCAGCAGCGCAUGCAGGAGCGGCCGGAGCAGAAACAGUCCCAGCCCGCCCGCAGUGAACAAGCUGCUGUGUGCCAAGUACUGCUGACAGCUCCAGGGGACCAGAACCAAGACGCAGACCAGGAUGCCCUGCCUGCCCCUGACAACGUUAGGCAGCCCUCCACUUCUAGAAAAACGCAGCCUGACCCUCCGGGCCCUCCGUGUCCUUACUUCCCUCAUUCUGGCGAGUGGUUGUCUCCGUCUCCCUCCUCCGAGAUGAGCGGUGAACUGCCCCAGAGGCAGCUUUCUGUCCCACUUCCUCCAUGUGCAUGGGAUAGCUGGGGAGAGCUGGAAACCAAUGGGGAGGCUGGUACCCAGAUGCCACCGCCCUCAGAGGCCCCAAGUAGCCUAAGCUCCGCUGAGCCCGUGACCUGGAGCAGUACGCCUGUGGCCCCCACGACCAUGCCCACAGAAACUGGCACCCCAGAUUUGGAUCUAUCCCUAGUACAGGAGCAGAGUUUCCCUAGUAAUCCCCACAGCCAGGAAAACUGUGUGCCUGACCUGGCCGCUUCCUCUUUCAGUAACGCCUGGUCUGCCCGCAGUUUGGACCAUGUGGGCAGCUCUCGUGGGCCCCCUUAUGGCUUCCCUGCCCCCUAUAGUACUGUCACAUGCAGCCGGCCUGGAGCUCCCCUGUCUUCCAGGGGUGGGACCAGGCCGGGACCCCCCAUGCCUGUGGAGCGCUGGGCGGAGAAUGUUACACACCACUACAACUCCCAGCUGCCUAAGGGUCGGCAUAGAGCCCCCCCAGGGCACGAGCCAUCUGAGCUGGACUCACUGUACCAGGCUAGUCUGCAAGCCCCCACCGUGCCCAGGGUCCUGCAGAAUCACAGCCCUCCAGUGCCGGCAGUAGGCCGGAAGCUGGCACCUGGGGUGGCUGUGCCAAGCCGAUCCAAGACACCCACGGCAGAGAUCGAGAGGAGCGCGUACCGCACAUCUGGCCACAGCAGCCCCCAUGGGCCCAGUCAUAAGGUCUCCUCUGCCGUUGGCCGCAACUUGCCGCAGGGGGGUAACGACGAGGCAUACAGUGCAGAGAACCUGCGGCGAAUUGCCCGCAGUCUCAGCGGCAACUUUCCCAGUGGGCGGCCUGAGCGUCUGACCUCCUCUCCCAGCUUUGAGCCCCCAGUUGCGAGGACGCCUAUGCUUGCAGACACUCGAGUCAUGCGUCCCGUGGACACCCAUCACUGCACUCCCCCCCACUUCACCUCACCCCGCCAUCCUGCCGCUUUCUACUCUGAGCCCCAGCACCACAAGCACCACAGCCCUGCCACACCUUCCCACCCAUCCCAUCGGCCUGCCGUGGCUGGGCUCCCUCGGGGACAAUCAGGAGAUCACCAGAAGGUCAAGCAGUUUCUCGCUGUGCCGGAUUGGGGUGAAGCUCUCCCUGCUGAAAUGUACAACCGCUUUGCCCUGAGCUAUAGCACAUUCCAGCAGGCACUUGUGAGGGCAUCCCCAGGGUCCUCGCUCCCUUGGGCCAUGGACAGCACAGCUAGAGGACUCAGACCUGGUUAUGCCACCCUCAUUCACCCUCGGUCUGUGGCGACCCCUGGCAGACCAGGCCCUGGCAGGACUGGGCCGGCCCGUUCAUACGGCACUCUGCAGCACCCGCAUCGCUUCCAUCAGAUUCCACCCUACGUAUCUGAUUCUACUGGCCAACCCCUUCGCCUUGACAUGCCCCCUGAGGCGUGCUGGACAAUGGGGGGCCAUAGGAAGCCCCAGGCAGCGACCCUGCCCCUGGCCCAGCCCCGGCCCCGCGCUAACCCCAGUCAGCCGUGUUCCUUAUGCCAGCAGAUGCUUGUCCAACUCCCCCACCGCUAUUGCCCAAUGUGCGCGAUCUACGUAACCCGUUUCCAGCACACCAGCCGGUAGCCCGUCCGGCUCUCUUUGCCUGCAGUGACACUGCUGGACCUCUUGCUCCAUGUUCUAUAUUCUGCCACUAUUGAGGCAGGUGGCCUUGAGUAAAGGAUCUUCAGACCAGCUAUUUGUCCCUGUCUCACUCCACUACACCAUGGUUGUAGCUUCUGAUGUCAUCAGAGUGCAGCGAUUUGCAGGCCAUGACCUGGGCUUCAGUGCUGCAGCAGAGAUUUUGGAACUGAUGUUUCAGUUUUAUUCAGACAUAGUGGAGUACCAGUGGACAAUGUGUGGAGUGCGACCAGGACAGUGACAGAUCCGUAAUAACUCUUCUCGAUGUCUUGCAUGUGAUUGAAGGGGGGUUGGACCUCCUACUUUAAUGAAUGAAUCACACAUUUUCACUGAGCUUACAGGAAGGGACACGUCUUGGACUUAGGCUGAAUAAACAUGGGCAAGUGUCCAGCCAAAUGAGGUACAUCCACCUCUGAAACUACAAGCAAGGAAGCUGACAGCUGAAUGAUAUGACAGCUUUGCCAGUUGAAUUAACAGCAGCUUAAACAUGGUUACUAUGGAGCCAAUGACUUGGGGGUACAGUAGCUGUGUGGCCCCUCCCACUCAGUAUGUCCCAAACCACAAGAUAACCUGUCUUUUAUUAACUUCUAAAAAUAUCUAUAUUUUUUUAGGAUAAGGGUGGAUAGUCUAUACAAAGUAAUCUAACUUAUACAUUGUAACAAACAUGCUGUUGGGUUAUUUGAGGUGAUGUUUUUAGUGGGAUGGGGUCAGUGUGCACAUGCACUGAGGCGGAACUUUGUGGCACUUUGGAAUUGGUGAAGGAAUAAUCAUAAUUUUCUAUGGUAGGUAAUUCAGAUAAAUGAAAUUUUCAAAAUGAUCAUGAACUUUGAGCAGCAGAGUUAUUACUAACCUAUGCAAACAAUGGAUGUUUCAGCUGUGUGAAGAUGGAUCUCAGUGCUGCUUUUAUUUUUUGGUGGGUGCUUUAGCUUAUUAUAUUGUUACGCGAGUGUCACACUGCUACUGGGCCGGGAGUGUUGUGUGUGUGUGUGUGUCCCACAAUGUAAUAAAAACCUGUUAUUUUGACAUUGUGGGGACCAUUUUUCAGGUCCCCAGAAAGAUCUGUGAAUGCUAGCAAAAAACUAAAAAUGCCAAAAGUUUUUUAUUUUGUUUGGUUACUAAUGCUUAAGGUUAGGACUGGGUAGGGGUUAAGUUCAUCAUGUUGGGAUUAGACUUUUCCUCAUAUGAAUGAAUGGAGAGUCCCCAUAAAGAUAUAAUUACAAACCUCUGUGUGUGUGUGUGUGUAUGUGUAUGUGUGUGUGUGUGUGUGCGUGUGCGUGCGUGUGCGCGUGCGCGUUUGAGGUAGGAAGCACAGCUCUGCGUCUUCGUAUCUGCAUCUGCGCGGCCCACUGUCCAAAUGGUUAAUCAUUCCAGUAAACAAGUGUUGUCACCAGGAAGCACUGGUUUUUUGUGAUGGCUUUCAGAGCAGGAGUUGGGAAGUCUUUUGAGCAGAGCUACAGUAGCUGGAGAUUAGUAAGGUGAAUUGAAAACUGACAGUAAGUGUGGUGGAGAAUGUUUGAUAAGAUUAUUGAAGAGCGUAAUGAGGGCAUGUGGGUGUUUCUGCUGUUACAGUUCUCACACUUUUAAUAACACUUCUGUGACUGAAGACAUAGUGAACCUUGUGGGUAUAUUUUUGUAGUACCUUUGCUAAUCUAUAUUUUUCGAGAGAUUAAGCCCAACCAUACUGUGUAUCCUGCCUUAAUUUAAACGGCAGAUGUUAACAGAAAUGCAGAGGGAAUGAGGCCCAUUUGCUCGUGGGAGCCUUAUGACAUGCUGUGUUCACUGACUAGAGGCCCUGUCUUCUAAAACGCCACAAAGUAGGUCCCUCUGAGAAGUAUGAGGUUACUCUUUUGGUUAAUGUUUUCCAUAACAAGCUGUGGAUUGAGCCAGCAAGUUACAGAAUGAUUUUCCAAGCUUUGGUGUUCGAGAGGGAUCCUGUAAAUGACAUUCUGUUACUGGCAUCAUGUGAGUUUCCUGAGCCCUUCAGUGAAACAGCAGUGGACUCUUACAAUUAUUUAUUAUUUAACCAAAGAUAAAUACCUUACAAACAGUAAGGAACGAUGUCUUUGUCAUCCCUGUAAUUUUCAUUUAUACUGGUGUGAACCUAAUGUAACCUGCAGAGGUGAUUGUGAAACCAUAGCAACGCUGUGCUCUAGUGGCAGAACAGCAGAAGUGCAGUUUCACAGAGGUCCUUGUGUUUGUCCAAUAGAUCUUCUACAACCGUCUAACCAUGUAUAUUAAUGUGUGUACAUCUGUUAAUACCCUACAAAUCAAAUGUGAAAAGAGAUUUCUUAAUGUAAAUUCCAUUUUGAACUUGUUUGUAAAUUCUGUGUGGGCAGAUCAAUCUUGUAUUUUCCCAAUAAAGCUGCUCCACCAAGAUUGAGGCAUGGUGACACCUCUGGCCUCUUGUAGAUUUACCUCAGCCUUUUGUCUCGGACCAAAGGGUUCCUUCAGCUACAUGUAGUUUAGACUGCCACUAGCUUUAUGGCUUUAGUUGAUCUGGCCAAAUAGGCUCAAACAGCAUUAUGGUAAUACUAUACACAAUAUUCUGGGUGUUUUUGGCAACAAAAGUAGCUGUGGGUACCACACCCCCCGCCCCCCCCCCCAAUCACUCAGCAAAUUUCAUAAUAUUAGAUUCUGCCCAAACCUGUGCCUGACUAAGUAAACAUCAGAAAAUAGCACAGGGACCGUUUCAUUCCUCCUGGAGUGUGAGUAGCUGUAUCACAGAUUCACAGAUGUGAAUGCAGGUAAACCAGUUGUGAUCCUUAUUUCUCCCGGACAGUAAUACUGUGCUUCCAAAAUCUGAGAGAGCAUCUUUGUUAAACAACAUAAUGAAAAACAUGUGCGCACGUGUGUGUGUGUGUGUGUUUGUUUGUGAGUGUGUGUGGAUUUCUAUAGAUCAUAUUUGGGUACCAAAAUGUCCCCAAAAUGUGGCAAAACUUGAAACUUCCUUACUUUUGGGGACAUUUUCCAUGUCCUCAUUACAUAACCUCAGUUUUAUAUCUGUGAAUGCAAUCAAAAAAGUGAAAGUGCCAAAAGUCUUGUAUUUUCUUUGGUUACUUUUGGUUAUGGUUAGGGUUGGGUAUGGGUGUCGUGAUUGAAAUUAGGGUUUUUCCCACAGAAAUGAAUGGAAGGUCCCCAUUUAGAUAGACGCCAACGUCUGUGUGUGUCUGUGUCUACAUGUACCCUAUUCUAAAAGUUGAAGUUAUGAGCAUGUCUGUGUCCUUUGGAGACCCCAAGUGACUGGCAUGUGACCCUUUGGGAGAAAUCUUAGCCGGUUCAUCAUAUCAGGUGCAAACCACAGGUUUGUGCACGACGAUAGCACUUUUGGGUAAUCAUGUUCAUGACGGGGUUGCACCAGCUAAGCGUAAGUUCGAUCUUAGCCUACGAUGGACAUAAACUGCCCCAUGUUCAAGUUUACGCACUACUAAAAAUUUGCAGUUGUACAAUGCAAAUAGCGUAGCACUAAGUUAUAACGUAAAUUUUACUUUAACAUUAUACGUAAGGUCUGUCGUAACGAAAAAAAAAGUGCAAAAUGGUGAGAAUGGCCGCUGAUUUAGGAUAAAACAAGGUUGCUGGCAUGAUAAGACGACCUUAGUCUAGUCUGCAAACGUUAGCUGGCAAGCUAGAGAAAUGCGCUACCCUGCCAUUGGUGUUUCGUGUGACCCUUGUUAAUAUUUCUUGAGCUUGAGUAUCUCAUGUAGCAAGACGAAUGUCAAGCACCUACAAUAAAUGUCUGUAUAACUAUACCACAAAUGUGAUAAACAUACUAGCGGCAUAAGUGACCUUAGUUGAUCCGUCUGGAUCCCACCCCAUUAUGAGAACCACGGAUUAACUGCAAAGUUUAACCAUGAUAGUGUGAAAUAGUUUUAUUAUCGCUGUCACUUCUUAAACUUAAAAUCAUUUCUUGCACAUUGUCCUACACCUAUGCGGGGGAGAAUCCUCCACUUAUGUGUAGGACACGGGGGGAAUUUUAGAUUUUCUGUGAGAAUGCAAUAACAAAAAAAAACUGAAUGUAAUAGCAUGAUAGCUACAGCAUUUUUAGUGGAAUCCGCUUCACUCCUUCUCAUGACACAUGCUGUUCGCAUGUCUAAUUAUAACUUUUGUUUUUCCAAGUUAUUUUGUGAUCUUGAGAAAACAGCUUUGGCUUUGAUGAGACAUUGAGAAAAACAAGUUGUGAUUUCAACAUAAGACAGAAAAAGACAAUAAUUUAUGUACUUUAGACUUCCGUCUGAUGCAGAGUUGCAGUGAAAAGAUACAGACAAAGCAGCUUGUAUGUUCAUGUAAAUGGGCAUGUUAAAAGUUACAUGUUUUGGGUUUUCUUUCAGUUCUUAAGUAAUAAAAGGAAAGCAAAGUUA